CUCAUCCCAUCACCAUGACAACGAGCAUCAACCACACCACGUGACUCACAAGCCGGGACUUCACGUCCCGGGUUCUCGCGAGAUCACAUAGUCUCGCGAGAAGAAGCUGCGGUGAAAGGAGCGGAGACGAUGGCAGAAGAACUGGCAAAGCAGCUUGCAGGCUACAAAGCCCAAUUGCUGCAGGUGGAGACGGCAUUAUCUGCCAAUGGAGAAAAUGAGGAUUUACUGAAGCUGAAAAAGGAUUUACAGGAAGUCAUCGAAUUGACUAAAGAUCUCCUUUCAUCCCAACCAUCCGAAGCCCCGGAAAAUGCGGACGAUCUCACAUCAACCAGUGGCAGCCUUUCGUGGAAGGUUGGGGACAGAUGUAUGUCUGUAUGGACCGAGGACGGACAGUGGUACGAGGCCGAGAUUGAGGAGAUAGACGAAGAGAACGGCACAGCGGCCAUUACUUUCCUUGGUUAUGGAAAUGCAGAAGUGACCUCUCUGCUAAACCUGAAACAAUUGGAGGAGGGCAGGAAAGCGAAGGAAGACAGCGGCAGCCUCCCUAUGUCCAAGAAAGAAAUGAUCGCCCAGCAGAGAGAAUAUAAAAAGAAGAAGGCUUUGAAAAAAGCACAAAGGAUAAAGGAAUUGGAGCAGGAACGUGAGGAUCAGAAAGAUAAAUGGCAGCAAUUCAAUAACAAGGCGUAUUCUAAGAACAAGAAAGGCCAGGUAAAGAUAUCAGCUGUGAAGAGAAGCAUUUUUGCCUCACCGGAAAGCGUCACCGGCAAGGUUGGGGUCGGCACGUGCGGCAUCGCGGACAAACCAAUGACACAGUAUCAAGACACUUCCAAAUACAACGUUCGGCACCUGAUGCCACAGUAAUGCGCCGGAGACCCUUAGGCCAGCAUCUUCCUUUUUAUUGUUCUAUUUUUCUAAAACUAAAUUAUUUGUUGUCGUAUGAGGAAUAGCACGACUCCGUAUUCAUUAUUCGUCCCGAAGACCUCAAGUCCUCCAUGUAGAACCAGGCGAUCUCUAAGGGGCUACAUAGAGAAGUGUAUGAGACGGAUGCCGCCUGUGUACCCAAUCCAUGGGCUUGACUGAGAAGCCGUGCA